GAGCCUUGGAUGUUAACCUUACCAUAUCCAACCUCGGUCGGGGGGACGACGCGCCUUCCCCAGACCAAGAGCCGCGGAACCCACUCAUGAUCGGGCUCCUGGGUCGAUCAGCCGCCGUGGCAAGUUUUCGAAUAUCCAGUCGUAACAUAACGGCAUCUACUAGCCCUAUCUCAACCCUCUUCUGUCACUGUCACGGUCUCACAGAUAGCCUAGUCGGCCGAGUGUUGCUCGCCGCCGCCCAUUACGGCCAGCAUGUGAAGUGUCUCCGUCAAAGGCCACUGAUCAGCAGUGGUCGGUACUGUACGAGCAUGGCCGUCAUUGCAACUGCAAUGAAUGUGCGGCAUUCAGAUACUUGCCGGCAUACAUCAGCUGCACCUAGUCGAGGAUACCAGCGAAUCAUAUAUAGAUGGCGCUAUAUUUGUCGUAGGGUUGUGACUCGGUUCCAAGACGGAGAGACACUACCUACCUGUACGCACGACAACUCGCGAGGUUGUAUUGAGUGGAGGGGACAGCACGCGACGACUUGGCUGGGCCAUCCCGACGUCUGGAAGCAGCGCAGAAUACCCAGCAGUCCGUCACCGCGUAAUCGACAUACAUUGACGGCCGCUUGCUUGGCCGCAAUGCUCCUUCCCGCCGCAGCGCUGCAACGUGGACCUCGUGCGCUCUGUAUGAUGAGCUGCGCAAGGUAAGGUAGGUAAGAUGGUCUAACAUAAUAGUAUACAUAGACACUCCGCGGUUCCUCCAUAGUCCAGACCGAUCAGGACCACCCAUCAACAACAUGUCUAUCGUCGGCUGGCAAAGGCUCUCUCGCCGUACCUCGGGCCACGGAUUUCUCUUUCCUUCUCCGCUACCUAUGGGUGUGUAGCUCGUCCAAACAGGUUGAAUGAUUUGAGCCGGACGGCGGCGGCAUUGACUGCGUACUGCAGGCGC